GCAGACGGAGUUAGACGGACGGAGUGUCAACUAGCGCUAUAUAGAGCUAGCAGCAACAGAAAACGAGUAUGGCGACGUGGGUAAGCGAAAAAUUUGAAGAGCCUAAAAAUGCCGACGAUAUUGAGGAGAAUUUCAACAACAUACUUGUGACUCACGACCUGCAGGAUUGCCUCGAUGACAGUCUCGAUUUACCCAGUUUCGUUAAAAUCUACGGCCAGUCCGCCGAAUUUGACUACGAAAAGUACUCUGACGAAGAUCCCCUCUACAAUGAGACUCUACACGAUGAAAACACAGGAUAUAUUCACCAUACAAUCAGUUCUGAUGAAAUCUACAUGCGGAUACAUCCAGGAAACAAUAACUCUAUGCCUGAAGAUCCAUCUCAUGCUGUAAUUACAAUUGAAUCUACAGAUCCAGAUACUAAUCAAAAACACAUCAGUCGAUAUAAUUGUGAAUAUGAUGGGUGCUCACGUACUUACAGUACAGUUGGUAAUUUAAGAACACAUAUGAAAACACAUAAAGGGGAGUAUCGAUUUAAAUGUUCAGAACCAAGCUGUGGAAAAGCAUUUUUAACUUCAUACAGUUUAAAAAUUCACAUUAGAGUACACACAAAAGUUAAACCAUUUGAAUGUAAUCACAAUGGGUGCGAGAAAGCAUUUAAUACCUUAUACAGACUAAGAGCUCAUCAAAGACUUCACAGUGGUAAUACUUUCAACUGCGAAGAAACAGGAUGUGUAAAAUUCUUUACAACACUUAGUGAUCUCAAGAAACAUAUACGCACUCACACUCAAGAAAGACCAUACAAGUGCAGAGAAAAAGGUUGUGGAAAAGCAUUUACUGCUUCUCACCAUUUGAAAACUCAUAAAAGAACACAUACUGGUGAACGUCCGUAUAUUUGCACACAUGGUCAUUGUAAAAGAUCAUUUACCACACCUCACAGCUUGAAAAGUCACUUAAAAACUCAUAAAAAAACGUCUUCAACAUCAGAUGAUAAUAAAAAUGAGGAUAAUUCAAACAGCGGGGGAAAAGAAAGUCAUGGGAAGGUAGAAACUAUUUCUGAAAACAAUGGAAAUGAUAAUUUAGAGCCGGUGUUACAUGAAGUUCCUGUUGCAAUAGUACUUUAUUCUCCUUAUGAAUCCUCACCUACAAUGCAAACCAAUGAUAAUAUUACAAAUAUUCAAGUACAGAAUAUUAUCAACAAUAAUGAUAAUUCAGUAAUUAACAUUUUACAUCAACAAGAAUCUAACCCCUUAAGUAUUUAUAAUGAUUCGAAUACUAAACAGAACAAAAAUAAUGAUACUUCUAUGAAUAGUUUUGAUACUGAUUUAGACUAUAAUCAUAUAAAAUUAUUUAAUAAUAUUCAAAACAAUUGCCAUGAGACUAAUCAGAUACUUAAUGAAAAUAAUGAUUCGAUUUUACAAAGCCAAAAUGUUGUUUUGGAUCAUUUAAAUGUUUGUACUUCAAAUACACAGCAAGCUAAUCUUACAGAUAACUUAAAAAAUCAAACAAUUUCAAUGACCAAAGCCGAUAACUAUUUAGAUAAACCAAUGAUAAAUUUAAUGAAUACAACAUUGAAUAAUUGUGAGAAUACUAUUUUGUAUGAUCCAUUAUCUAGUCAGAUACCGCCAGUCUUAAAUAUUGCAGAUAAUAUUAGUAAAAUAUCUUUGGAGAAUAAUACAGCUCUUGGAAAUGGAACAUCUAUUCAAAAUGUGUCACAUACAAUAGCAACUGAUUCAGUAAUUAGUAAUGAAUCGCACGCUUUAGAAUUAGCAUUAGCAUCCGAAGAAGAAAGACAAUCGCCAUGGAUUGAUAUCAAUUCAUUAACAAGUGAAUUAACAGAAAAAAUAGUAGCUCCUGCAACGAUACCAGCUAUUCGAACAGAGUCUACAUGGACAGAAACAAAUGCUUUACCAACAGCUGUUCACUCAUUAGUAAAUUUACUUGGACCAGAACCAUAUCCAUUAGAACUGAAAAAUGGGCUUCAAAAUCCACCUGUGCUAGAAACAGUUAAUUUGGUAGAUACAGAAAACCUUACUGAUGGAAAUGCUGAGAUUAUAAUGAAUUAUGCCGAAUAUCAGAAGAGUUACUGUUCACAAGGUCAACCAGAUAGAAUUGAACCAUCAAGAAAUAUAUUGCAUGAAAUUACAGCUGAUGCUGGAAUAUGCAGAUGCUCUAAUUGCAAAUGUGAUAGUGAAGGAAAUAACUGUCAGAGCUGUCCUGGUACUUCCAGUAGAGAUCAAGAGAAAAUACAAGAAAUUAAGAAAAAUGAAUCAAAGCAAUUAAAGGUAACAGACAUAGUUUCAUCUUUUAAAAGCAAAUGUUGUUGUGAUAGCCAGAAUAGUUGCGGAUCGUGCUGUGUUGUCAUUUGUAUAAAAACUUUACGGGAAUUGCAAGAAGUAUUCAAUACAUGUUGCAAAAAAACAAGCGCCAAUAGUACAGGAUGCUGUAAGAGUAGUUCUAUAAACAAACCAAGUAUGUUAAUUUCACCUUCAUUAAUGAGUCAGAUAGCAGGCAAUCAGUGAAGAACAAACUAGUCUGUAACAGAAUUGUUACUUUGCACUAAAUAUUAAGUGCACAUUGUGUGCAAAAAAGUAUAAAACUUCGUUUUCAUAGAGAACUGAGAGCUUUGAAUCCUUUACAGGAUAUUUUAUUUUUUUUAAUUAUAUUAAGCAUUAAUAUAUAAAGCAAUAUUAAUGUAACUUUUAUUUAUGCAAUAACUACAUUUAAAUCAACUAAUAGAAGUAUUUGUUGUUUGCGAAAAAAUAAUCAUUAAUGUGUUUUAUAUUAUAAUGAUACUUGUUAUAUCAAGUAAAUAGUUAAACUAUAUGAUGUUUUACCAAAUAUUCUUAGUCUUAAAAAUGUUGACUGGAAAAACUCUUAAUUUAAAUUGUUUAUCUACGGUGAUGAAGUGCCAAAGGCUAAGGAUUUGAUUUCAUUUUUACAGAAAUCAAAUAUAUUUUUUUCACUUGUUAUAUGGCACUAUAUAGUGCUUAAAGUUUUUCAUUGAAUGAAAUGUGCAAUUCUAAUUUCAUAAAAAAACUUAAUGUUUGUAAAAAAAGUUAUCUUAUAUACAUGUUUAUAAUCGUGUUUGUUGAUACAAUAUAACAGCCUGAAUGAUUUUCUAUUUUUAAUAAACGUUAUUAAAUCUAAAUGUUAGAUUUACAUAUGAAAAGUGUUCAGACAUAAUAUAACUUGCUUUAACAUGUCUAAUAAAUAC